UAAAAAUUUUUUGUGAAAACAUUUUAUAUUUAGAAUUAUUUUACUUUUAGUUAGCUGAAGUUACCCGUCAUCCUUGGGUUACAGCUGGUAGCAAGACUGAAUUAGAAUUGGAAUUGCCAAUGAAGGAAGCUGUUCAGACCCAUAUCAUACCAUCUGUUGAUGAUUUGGAUCCUGAUGUCUUAUCCAGUAUGACAUCUUUAGGAUGCUUUAAAGAAAAGGAUAAAUUAAUUCAAGAACUACUUAGUACAUGCCACAAUACAGAAAAAGUGAUUUAUUUCCUAUUGUUAGAUAGGAAAAGAAGACGACCUUGUUAUGAGGAUGAAACAGAUUUAAUAUUUCGAAAUCGCUCAGAAUCAGUUGAUCCUCCAAGAAAAAGGGUUGAUACAUGCCAGUUAAAUGGCAGAUCUGGACCAAGGUAUAGUUAAGAAUAGAUAUUUGUGCAAGUUUAAUUUUAGAAAAGUAAACAUUUUUAUAAACAGAUUUUAUUUUAAAUUGAAAAAUAUUAAUUAUUAUACAU